AUGAAUGUUAUUAUUAAUCAUUAUAAUGGUUAUAUUAACAAUGAUGUUAUUGAUGAAAUACUUAUUUUAUCAUCAAAAUUAUUAUAUUCACAAAAUAUUGAAUCAAUAAUUAUUGAUUUGAAUAAAUUAAAUGGUUUGUUAAGAAGAAUUAUAGAAAUGAUGAUGAAUGUUUGUAAAUCAAUAAAUUGGUAUGAACAAGUAAAAUUAAGAAUUAUACAAAAAGAAAUGUUUGCAUCAGAAUUGAUGGUUCUAAAAGAAAUAGAAUAUGAAAAAAGAAUUGAAAUAUUUAAGAACUAUAUUCACAUUGAUAUUAAAAUUCAUGAUUCAAACAUUAAAAAUGAUGUUAUUACUACUAUUAGGAAAUUAACAAUAAUUUUAUUUCUUCUUAUUCAUACAAAAUCUACAAAAUAA